AUGGACGUGGCGACAGUGAUGCACGCCUUCGUUGGUCCGUCGUUCGUGGAGAUGGAGCUUCGGGAGGAGUGUCAGGCUCUGCGGGCGCAAGAUCAAGCGUUCGCGGAGUCGGCCAUUGUCGUCGCAGAGCUCGAGCAGCUUCGAAAGGAGUGCGACGAGCUGCGCGACGAACAUCAGGCGACCGAGUGGGAACGUGAAGUCGCGGUGCAGGAGCACGAUGCGGCUAUCCAAGAGCGCGAUGUUGCAAUCCAAGGACGUGACGCCGCCAUCCAGGAGCGCGACAUUGCGAUCCAGGGAUGUGACGCCGCCGUCCAAGGGCGUGACUCGGCGAUCCAGGAAUGCGCCACCGCGUUAUCGGCCGCGGAGGAGGCGUCGGAGCGGGGGAGGACCGCACUCUCCAACGCCUGCAAUGAGUCUGAUGACCUGCGCCAAGAGCUUGUCCGGAUUGAGGGCCAGAAGAAUGAAGCGGAGGCGACAGUGGCCUCGUUAGCCGUCGAUGUCGCCAGCCAUCGUGCUACACAGCAGAGGUUGGAGACCACCGUUGUGCGACUCCAGAACGAGGCAGCUGGUAAGUGUCCUUGUCGUGUGAUUCUUCUUUGUCCCUUCAAUGGAUCGUUUGAUGAGGCGAAACCUGUUUCUUUAGCAGCUGCAAAGUCUCUGCGCCAAGAGGCGGAGUCGAAGUGGAUGGAGAUGAAAGAGGCGCUCGAGAGCCAGAUUACCGGCUCCGAUAACCUUCGCCUUGCGGUGGGGCUUGUGCUGGAUGAUCUUGGCAUGGAUGCAGCCGGAGAGCCGGGGCAGGAGGCCGCGCAACUUAUCAACAGCGUAGAUGGCGUUCGGAAGGAGGCCCAGGCCGCACGUCAAGAGGUCGAGUCCGCACGGGAGGAGGCCGAGUCUGCGCGGCAAGCGGCGAGGGACGCACUGUUCAAUGGAGUGCAUCGUGCCUUCGCCGUCGCGCGCAGCCACUACCUCAAUAUCGACUUGGCCGAGUUGAGCAAGGGGUACAUGGCUGACUACACUGAUGCUAAGCUUGAUGCCAUUGAAGAGGAGGCCGCUCCGUUCGCCCGAACCCUAACGGACAAGGCUUGUACAUUAGAUGAAGCUAAGGAUAAAAACGACGUAGCUGUUCGAUGUUCCAAGCGUUCGUGA